UCAAACAUUGGUUAAUUCACGGUCAGGUCACCAAAGCCGAACAAGAGAGAGUCAGAUGGUAGAUAUACAUAUACGUAUACAAUAUACACACCUGUUAGAGAGAGAAAGAAAAAUGCGACACCCACAACGAAGAAUUAGCAAACUCUGCUACGCCCUUCUGAUCUUCUCUCUCCUCCCUCUCUCUGCAUUCGCCCGCCCAUUCGUCCUCGUCCUAACCCAGGACGACCUCACCGACGCCGCCGCCUCAGCCGCCGACGGCGACCCCACCGGCGCCAAUGACUCCGCCGAGUGGGACGAGUUCGGCGACUCCGACGCCGUGCCCGAGGACGAGCUCGACCCGGGCUCGUGGCGCCCGAUCUUCGAGCCGGAGCCCGAGACGGCCGAUCCGACAACCGAAGACGAGGCGCUUUACUACUCGGGCGUGAGGAAGAUGGUGGACGCCGUGAGUUCCGGUGACCCGAUGAUGAUGGAGGCGGCGGCAGCGGAGAUCGAGGCUGCGGCGGCCGCAGGGCACACACACGCGCAGUCUGUGUUGGGGUUUCUGUAUGAUAUGGGGAUGAUGAGAGAACGCAACGGAGCUAAGGCGUUUGCGUAUCAUUACUUUGCGGCCGAUGGUGGUAAUAUGCAGUCGAAGAUGGUCAGCGCGUAUACUUACUCCCGGCAGAAUAUGUAUGAAAAAGCAGUUAAGCUGUAUGCUGAAUUAGCGGAAAUAGCAGUUAAUAGUUUCUUGAUUUCUAAGGACUCACCAGUGAUUGAACCGGUUAGGAUCCACAGUGGUGCAGAGGAGAAUAAGGACGCUCUAAGAAAAUCACGAGGGGAGGAGGAUGAGGACUUCCAGAUCUUGGAAUAUCAGGCACAGAAAGGGAAUGCCGCAGCAAUGUACAAAAUUGGAAUAUUUUACUACUUUGGAUUGAGAGGAGUGAGGCGUGAUCAUGCAAAGGCAUUGUCCUGGUUUUCGAAGGCUGUGGAGAAGGGCGAGCCGAGGUCAAUGGAGCUUCUCGGGGAGAUAUAUGCAAGAGGAGCUGGAGUUAAGAGAAAUCACACUAAGGCAUUUGAGUGGUUCAAACUUGCCUCCAGACAACAUCUUUAUUCAGCUUAUAACGGGAUGGGGUAUAUGUAUGUCAAGGGCUAUGGAGUGGAGAAGAACAACACCAAGGCAAAAGAAUACUUUGAGAAAGCUGCUGAUAAUGAGGAACCUGGCGGGUAUUACAAUCUAGGAGUAAUGUAUCUCAAAAGGAUUGGGGUAAAGAGGGAUGUGAAGCAAGCAUGUAAAUACUUUAUAAAAGCUGCUAAUGUAGGUCAACCUAAGGCUUUUUAUCAGUUGGCGAAGAUGUUCCAUACCGGUGUGGGGCUCAAGAAGGACCUUCAUAUGGCAACUGCGUUGUACAAACUAGUUGCAGAGCGCGGGCCAUGGAGCUCCUUGUCUAGAUGGGCACUAGAAUCGUACUUAAAAGGUGAUCUGGGCAAGGCAUUCUUCUUGUACUCGAGGAUGGCAGAGUUGGGCUAUGAGGUGGCACAAAGUAAUGCUGCAUGGAUUCUUGACAAGUAUGCUGAACAUAGUAUGUGUAUGGGAGAAUCAGGAUUUUGCACGGAUGUAGAAAGGCAUCAGCGUGCACAUUCCUUGUGGUGGCAAGCUUCUGAGCAGGGUAAUGAACAUGCUGCUUUACUGAUUGGGGAUGCAUAUUACUAUGGUCGGGGUACUGAGAUCGAUUAUGAUCGGGCAGCAGAGGCUUAUAUGCAUGCUAAAUCACAGUCCAAUGCACAAGCCAUGUUCAAUCUUGGAUACAUGCAUGAGCAUGGUCAAGGACUUCCAUUUGAUCUUCAUCUUGCCAAGCGUUACUAUGAUCAGGCGGUAGAAAUUGAUCCUGCAGCAAAGUUGCCCGUAACACUGGCCCUUGGUAGCUUGUGGGUACGAAAGAACUAUGCCAACAGUUUCCUGGUUGAUAUGAUCGAUUCAUUGCCUGAAGUAUAUCCAAAGGUGGAAGCAUGGGUAGAGAAUGUUCUUAUGGAAGAAGGAAAUGCAACAAUACUCACUCUAUUUGUCUGCCUUCUAACAGUUCUUUACCUUCGUGAGCGGCAACGUAGAAAUGCUGCCGCCCCUGUGGGGGAGAUGGUCCCCCCACACCAGCCUAAUGUGCAUGUCGCUCCUGCAGCAAAUUAAUCGGUGCCAUCUAUAUUUGUGAAAGGGUGAGCUUUGUAUCAAAUCAUGUAAAGUUGUUUCUGCUUUCCUUUAGGUUGGUGAGAAAGGGGCAGCAGCCUCUUUUGUUUUUGGUUACUUUAUAGAAUAGAGAGGCCUAGGGCAUGAAACGAGAAAGGGGCCGUAUUUAACAUAUUAGCAGAUGUCAUUUUCUGUCGUCAAAUUCACCAUGAGAUUAAUGUUCUCUUUUUAUUAAUUAUGUACACGACGCAGUGAAGAGUCGAGACAUUCUUGUGAUAAUAAGUGAUUUUUACGGGCAUGCGACAUAUCACAGUAGAGGAAUUGUGGGUAGCUAGCACCCCUUAACUUGGAUUUUAGAUUCAGAGGAUGUUUUAAAUUUUGAAGCCUCUUCUUUUUAACUUGUACAAAAGAUGUUAUGUAACGGGUUCAAAUCUUUGUGGACUUGUGAUGCAUCUCUCAUCAUUAUAUUUGUUUUUGGAAAUCAAAGUAAUUACACACACUUUACCUC